CAUCCAUCUCUCGAUGCUUUUGAUUCCGCAUCUGGCGUCGAAACCAUUCAGCGCGCUAUGGACGGUCACGAGUGGGCUGUCGUUUGCGCCGCUCGCGUCGGUGCCGAUUUACUCGAGCACGAAAGCGGCGCUGCACUCUUUCACGUGGUCGCUGCGCCACCAGCUCGCCGACACGUCCGUGCGCGUCAUUGAGAUCCUGCCGCCUGCUGUCGACACUGACCUGCAGGCGCCGGGCCUCCACACGUUUGGCGUCAACGUCGACGUCUUUGCUGACAGCAUCCUCGAGCGCCUCAGCGCGGGCGAGACGGAGAUCGGAUACGGCAUGGCCGAGAGCAGUCGCGUGGCGUUCCGGUCGGCGUUUGAGAUCGCAUUCGGAAACAUGAACAAGAACCUUCAUUUUUCGGCGCCAUCGACGUAGGAAAAGGUCGAAUGCGCUAAAUUUGACAUUAUUUGUGUCGAUUUCC